ACAAUUACAAACUGCCAUUAUGUUAAAAUGCGUACUACUAUCGACUACAUCCCGAGAUGACUGUGUGGUCAUCUUCCGCGUUUUGCAAAGUGGGUUGCACCUCAACCAAACCUUCAGUUCAGAAGUGAAAGUUGAUAUACUUCAGUUUGGCGCUGAGGUAUACAGUAACGGUUUUAAUAAACUGAUUCGUGAGAAACCAAUGCAUUUACCAUGAAUAUGCUUAACUUUCUAUACAUGUCCACAAAUCGUACCAUGUGAUUGGGUGUCUCUUCAGUCGCCCACACCCUCUACAGUGAACCAGCAUGUUAGUUCACACCCUCUUUCUCUCUUCAGCCUGCAACCUGCAACUGCUUCGGCUUUCAUCCACUGUGUACCUCUAUGGAAAUUAAUGUCAGUCAUAUUAACAGUAAGACUAAACAAACGGUCAUUACUGUCGAUUAGAACUGCAGUGUAGAUUGUUGUCUGGACUGCCGGUAUUCGAUAGACAUUUACUGGAAACAUUAAAAGUUUCACCAAGGAUUUUUCAAUUUUCCUUGGGCCAACUGCUGUGUGUCUGCUUGUAACAAGCUGUAUGGCAAUGGAGCGGGUAACGGUGCCUUUGGUCAUCGGGCUGUUCGUGGCGGUGUUGUCGCUGCUGGCUGAACACUGUUUGGCUGAUGGCGGGGGCCCAAGCCUUGCCGAACGAGUUAUUUGGGCAGUGAACGCAGGCGGGGAAGCUCAUACAGACAUGCAUGGCAUACAUUUCAAGAAGGAUCCUUUGGAAGGAAAACUUGGAAAAGCUUCAGAUUAUGGAAUGCGUCUGCCCAUUCUGCGCUCAAGUCCUGAGGACCAGAUUCUCUACCAGACAGAACGCUACAAUGAGGAUACUUUUGGCUAUGAGGUGCCGAUUCGUGAGGAAGGAGAUUAUAUACUAGUAAUGAAGUAUGCAGAGGUCUACUUUGCUCAGUCUCAGCAGAAGGUAUUUGAUGUGCGUCUUAAUGACCAUGUGGUGGUGAAAGACCUGGAUAUUUUUGAUCGGGUGGGUCACAGUACAGCUCAUGAUGAGAUAGUGCCCUUUUCCAUACGCCGAGGUAAGCUCAGUGUCCAGGGGGAGGUGUCCACCUUUAACGGAAAGCUCACUGUGGAAUUCGUCAAGGGUUAUUAUGACAACCCCAAGGUCUGUGCUCUAUACGUGAUGAAAGGGACAUUGGAUGAUGUACCAAAACUCCAGCCUCACCCUGGACUGGAGAAACGUGAAGAACUUGAAGAGGAGGAAGAAGAGGAGAUCGAGGCAGGAGAGGAGGGUGGUAAGAAGAGUACCUCAACAGCUCCCAAGUACAGGGUCCAGUCAGGCCCCAGAACACCGAACCCAUAUGCGGCCGACAAUAGCAGCCUCAUGUUUCCUAUCCUGGUGGCGUUCGGAGUGUUCAUCCCUACACUCUUCUGCCUCUGUCGGCUGUGAGAACGUUAGAUAGAGGGGAACGGGGGGAACAUGAUGGACAAGAGACUGUGAAGG